AGGGGUGACUUUGAGCGCACCAGCGCCACCGCUGCUGCGGUAGGUGUCGUGUGGUUGGCGGAGUAGGCGGCCAUGGGGAGCCUCCGCGGCCUGCGCCUGGCAGCUGGGAAUUUUUUUAGGUUAUAUGAAAAAGAUGCUGCCUCAUCUCUAAGGUUUACCAGAAACUUUGAUUUGAAGCGAGUAAAUGGAUUUUGCACUAAACCACAGGAAACUCCCAAAGCGCCAUCCUACACUUCCAGCCACAGAGUGCCAUUACACAAACCAACAAAUUGGGAGAGGAAGAUCCUGAUAUGGUCAGGUCGCUUCAAAAAGGAAGAGGAAAUCCCAGAGACUAUCUCGUUUGAGAUGCUUGAUGCUGCAAAGAACAAGAUUCGGGUAAAGGUUAGCUAUAUAAUGAUCGCCUUGACAGUGGCAGGAUGCAUCCUGAUGAUUAUCGAGGGCAAGAAGGCUGCCAAAAGAAAUGAGUCUUUAACAAGCUUGAACUUAGAAAAGAAAGCUCGUCUCAGAGAGGAAGCAGCCAUGAAGGCUAAAACAGAGUAGCAGAGAAGCAUCCGUCCUGGCUGGAUUUUGAAAAUCCAGGAAUAAUGUUGCAGCAAGCCUGUAUUUAAAAGGAUAUGGUGAGGCUCCACUUCAUCACUAUAUGUUUUGCACAGACUCUUUCCCUAUUUUCUGCUAUAGAUAUACAAAUAAAUUUUCUUAAAGACUUG